CCGCUGAGUCCUGUAUUUCAGCACCAUACUGCAUAUGCUUAUGGAUCUCCACGAUAUGCCAUAUGGACUAGUUUGUUGUCAGCUGACAAAAGAACCACACUGUCAAUACAGCUCACAGUACACACACUGCAGUUCGUGUUGGUGAAAUGCCGGUAAAGACUUGUACUUCGUCCUCCCUCGCCCAGUUGGAUAGACUGAUAAAUACCUGUGGUGUUUAAACAAUCGAGGACCUCGACAAUACUAAAUCUACAUCAUCUCUGUUUGAUUUCGGUUAUGCCUGACCCUGAUUUGGUGAGCGGGGAACUGGUGACGCAGCAGACUUAUUACACGGGUUUGUUUGUUCACGGUUGCAGCAGAGACUUGUUUGCCCACACAGGUGUUCCGAUAACGGACUAACGAAAAGCCUCCUUUGCUGCUCCAUGAUAGCACACCAAUACAUCAUCAUCAAUGCAUCAGGUGUUUUGUUGUAGUAGCAGCAGCAGCAGCAGCAGACAUACAUUUAUUGUAGGCGGAUGAUCUGCAUCUGAAGACCUAGUUGGACGUCAUCAUUACAUUGAGCGAUUUUGCAUGACCGUCUAUUUUUCAAUUGGACGAUGUGAAUAGUACAAUAUAGGCCUGUGAUGUAGUCUAUAUACGCGUUCAAAACGUAGAAAAACUGCGGGACCUACCCAUAGGACAAGGCUUGGUUAACCUGUAAGUAUCUGAAUUGGACUAUAGCGACAGCCAUUGUAGAAGUUUUCUGUCAUCCAUCCGCAACCCUGACCAGAAUGAUGUCUAUAAGAUAUAUUUUCUCAUGGCUAUGUUAGCCACUCGCAAGACAGUUUUUUUAAAGCAAACCAAGAAACCUGCCAAGUUUCCACUAAAAUGGGAGCCAUCAAAGAAUUCAUCAAGGAGCACUCCCCAGCCUCAGAGACUCCCAAGAAGAAGAGGCGAGUAAGGUUGAAGAAUUUCAACCCGUUCAGAAAACGGAAAUACAAAGUGCUGGAUGAGAACAAUCCGGACUUGGACGAGUGCUACCCAAGAGACGCCAAGUCUUCAUUGGCUGACGAUCAACCAAAUUCUUCAUCGGAGCAGGUCAAUUCGUCUGGCCCUAGUACCAAAAACAAACCGCAGAAGCGAGCGAGGCCCAGGGAGCUUUUGCAAGCUGCAUGGGGGAGCUUGGGGUUAGCGAAGGGCAACCCGAAUGACCCCGACUCCGGUAAGAGAAAGACGGCACGCAGACAAGGCGCCUACGAGUGCUUAGUGGAGGAGGAAACCCCGGUUGACGAGACAACCACCGAUGCUGCUGGCGAAACGGUACAGGAUUUGACUGGUUCACUGUCCGAAAGCGAUGAUGAGGAAAGGUGUGAUGAGAAGGGGGCGUCAGAGGUCAAACGAGUCGUCAUUUCCGACGACAUCAAAGUUAUCGAAACUGAAGAGCAGGCACCCCCACAAAAGAAGAAGAAAAAAUCGGCGAAGAAGAAAAUUAAAAAGGCUGGGAUCAAAACUGCCAAGUAUCUGGGCCAUGGUUUUGCCAACAUGGCGUUGACCUUCCAGUACAUGACCCCAGAGGCUGCCAUGGCACCCGUUGCUAAGGAGAUCGCCCAGAGACGCGAGGAACGCUACCGGGAGAUGUGCUCUCUAGCCUACACCUUGGCUACAUGAUCUCAAGACGGGGCGGGGCCUGCAGGGUGGAGGGUGGGAAUCAGAUUUUCAUUUUUAUUUUGUUUCUUCUCGGAAAUGACGCGGUCUCGAAGUGUUCGACCACUGAUCCCUGAAUGUUUUCAUUAGUCUUGCCUUCAUGUCCAACUUAGUAGGGGACUGUUCACAAAGCUUCCAUUGAUUCAGAGCUUUUGAUGUGAAACAAAACAUAGUUCAUGGCGUUAAUGGAUGGCAAUUCCUCAACACAAAACGGUAUAAGAACUACAUGUAAGUGUUGUUUGUUGUGGAUCGCUAAUUGUCCCCCCCCCCCCAUGAAGACUUUUUGAGUGCACUGUGUAUCAUCACGUCAAAUCCACCGAGUGAACCAUUCCAUUGUUUGUUCUUAGAAUUUUAUGAAAACAUACACUGUUAAAAGGCAUAUAGGAUAAUUUUCAUUUAUCCCAAAACCAACCUACCAAAUUAUCAAAGGGCUUACUUGGAUUGAAGAUCGCACUGGUACCAAUCACCCAGUAAAUCAGUCUGGCGUACUUACGUUCAGAAGAAAUGAAAAAUUUACGUGAUUUCCAAUGAUCAGUCAAUUGACUCAUUUUUGGAAAUACAGAGAGUGCUAUCGACGGAAUUGUGUUUCGUGAUUAAACGGUUGUGCAUGGUAUUUCACCGUUUUCUCGAAAAGUGUAAUAUCCACUGAGCUGAAAGUUCAAUAGGUUUGGUUUCGAGCAUUCUUUAUUGGAUUUUGAGUGGUGUUGUUAUUGGAAACUAAAAAUGAAAAUGCAUGAAACCAGAUAAUCCUAUAUGCCUUAAGACAUUGAUUGCAACAGUAAAUCAUGUCUUACAUGGUCGACGCUGUUACAAUACACCAAAAUUGGGCAUAGUACAUUUUUAGAGAAAGUGUUAGUUACCGCAUGCUUUUUUGGAGGAAAAUGGCGUGUGGAGGCCAGAAAAGUUUUAAAUUAACUUCACUUAUAGGCUGAUUCAAUUGAAGUUAUGAGUCUUCCAAAAAUCUAGCAAAAACAAUUGACACAUGAAAAAUGGAGUAUACAAAAAUAAAACGAGUUUCAAAUUUUGAAUUAGAGGUGUCCUGCUUCUCACCCGAUCAGUAAAUAUAUACAUGUAUAGCACACUAACAACAUUUUAGGUCAAAAUAGAAUGCAGACGUUAGUGCUGUUUGUUUUGUUUUAAUUUGAUUUGUUGUGUUUUUUUAAAUGCUGAUUGAUCUCUUAGUGUGCUCGUAGACUGCAAUUUAUGGAAUAUAAUUUUGCAGCCGAGUACGGAAUACCAACUUUGAACAUUUUGAUAGUGACUGAAUGUAUCAUCGUAAAUGAGCACCAUUUAUAUUCUGUAAAAUAAAACUUUAAGUCAUUUUAUACUUUUA